GGAAGACGCGCCCGCCUCCUUGGGGCCGUGCGCUCCGGAAUGGAGAAGACAGCGGGCUGCAGCCGGGGUUUCGGCACACCUGGACGCCAGCCGUGGCCGGAAUCUCGGGAGCCAUGUUGUCAGAAGUCCUGCUGGUAUCCGCUCCGGGGAAAAUCAUCCUCCAUGGAGAACACGCUGUGGUCCAUGGCAAGGUAGCCCUGGCAGUGGCCUUGAACCUGAGAACAUUUCUACUGCUUCGACCACAGAACAAUGGGAAAGUGAGCCUCAGUUUACCAAACAUUGGUAUUAAGAAGGUCUGGGAUGUAGCCGGCCUUCAGCUGCUGGACACAAGCUUUCUUGAGCAAGGUGAUGCCCCAGCACCCACCCCAGAGCAACUGGAGAAGCUGAAGAAGGUGGCGGGCCUCCCCGAGGACUGUGUCGGCACCGAGGGCCUGGCAGUCCUUGCCUUUCUGUACCUGUACCUGGCCAUCUCCCGGAAGCAGAGGACACUCCCGAGCCUGGACAUUGUGGUGUGGUCGGAACUGCCCACUGGGGCAGGCUUGGGCUCCAGCGCCGCCUACUCGGUGUGUUUGGUGGCUGCCCUCCUGACCGCCUGCGAGGAGAUCACUAACCCGCUCAAGGACAGGGGUGCCAUCAGCAGGUGGUCUGAGGAGGACCUGGAGUCGAUUAACAAGUGGGCCUAUGAGGGGGAGAGAGUGAUCCACGGGAACCCCUCUGGCGUGGACAACGCCGUCAGUACCUGGGGAGGAGCCCUGCGCUACCAGCAAGGGAAGAUGUCGUCCUUGAAGAGGCUCCCGGCCCUGCAGAUCCUGCUCACGAACACCAAGGUCCCACGAAGUACCAAGGCCCUCGUGGCUGGCGUCAGAAGCAGGCUAAUCAAGUUCCCUGAGAUCGUGGCCCCGAUCCUGACCUCAAUUGACGCCAUAUCCCUGGAGUGUGAGCGCGUGCUGGGAGAGAUGGUGGCGGCCCCGGCCCCGGAACAGUACCUUGUUCUAGAAGAGCUGAUGGACAUGAACCAGCACCACCUGAAUGCCCUUGGUGUGGGCCACGCCUCUCUGGACCAGCUCUGCCAGGUCACAGCCGCACACGGGCUCCACAGCAAGCUGACGGGUGCAGGUGGCGGUGGCUGCGGCAUCACCCUCCUGAAACCAGGUCUAGAGCAGGCCAACGUGGAGGCUGCUAAGCAGGCCCUGACCAGCUGCGGGUUUGAGUGCUGGGAGACCAGCAUUGGAGCGCCUGGGGUCUCCAUGCACUCAGCUGCCUCCAUAGACGACCCUGUCCGACAAGCCCUGGGCCUCUGAGGUGAUGCAACACUUUGGUCCUGCCAAGGAGCCUCUCACUGGAGUAUCCUGGGGCUGGUCAGUGACACCGUUCCGGUGGGCAGCGCCUUCUAGACUCUGAGAGGUGCCACCUCAGUGGCCUGUCUGUACGCUGGCAUUUCUGGAACCAGACAGGCAUCCGUUGUGCGGUCUUCUGAGAUGGCAGGCUGAUACAGGCCAUCACCGUGGAGCUCUCGUGGGUGCAUCUGCCUGGGCCUGGCCUCCAUCUGCCUCACUCACACUCUGUGGCUCCGAGCCAUGUGCCCUUCCGUCCAGCCAAUCCAAGGCUCCUUAGGAACUGGCUGGCCGGUGGUUUUUGUCUGCCGUCCUCUCCCAGGGAUCACCAGCUGAGGCAAGGCAUGCUGGCUGUUCUAUCUCUGUGUGGACUUGUGGGAAAGGUGCCCAUGAGGGAAAUAAAGAGAUUGCACAGGCGGGGCCUGUGGGAAGGCA